UGUGAUUGGCUCCAAUCAGCAGAAAAGGGCAAGGAAGCAUGUUAGAAGACUCUUCACAGUGGCUAACACACUCUCCUUUCACGCUGAUUGGCUCAAAGGAUGCUGGAGACUUAGGAACCCUGAUGGGACUCUGUUCCCAAAAAAGUAAGGGGUCUAAGACAUCCCCUGAAGACCCUGGACAGCUAUACCCCUGCAUAGAACUUAGUUGGUGCAGUGAUGCUGUCUUUUAUGUGAUGACGUCAUGAGCACCUGUAAGCCAAAUCAAUGUGGGUUGCCGCAGCCCCUAGGCUUAACUGGCAGCACUGGCAAAUGGCAGGGAGGGCAUGAAGGAGGAUGGGAAAAAAAUCCCCGAGAGCAGCAGACACCGCUGGGACAAAAAGGCUCUGAAUGGCAUUGAAACGAUGCUUGGCGCAAGCCUCACAGUUGGCCAAGUUGGCCAGAAUUUCACUUUUGUGCUCACAGACAUUGACAGCAAGCAGAGGUUUGGGUUCUGCCGCUUAUCUUCGGGGGCCAAGACCUGCUUCUGUAUCUUAAGUUAUCUCCCAUGGUUUGAAGUCUUUUAUAAACUGCUCAACAUCUUGGCAGACUAUACAGCGAAGGGACAGGACAGCCAGUGGUAUGAACUCCUAGAAACACUUUACAAACUACCCAUCCCUGAGCCAGCCACAUCUAUUCAUCUCAGUGUGCACUCUUAUUUUACUGUGCCUGACACCAGAGAACUUCCCAGCAUACCUGAAAAUAGAAAUCUGACUGAGUAUUUUGUAGCGGUGGAUGUGAACAACAUGCUGCACCUCUACGCCAGUAUGGUGUAUGAACGCCGCAUCCUCAUUGGCUGCAGUAAGCUGAGCACUUUAACUGCCUGUAUCCAUGGCUCUGCAGCUAUGCUUUAUCCAAUGUUUUGGCAACAUGUUUACAUCCCUGUUCUUCCCCCACACCUCUUGGACUACUGCUGCGCUCCGAUGCCCUACCUCAUAGGAAUACAUUCAAGCCUGAUGGAAAAAGUCAGAAAUAUGGCCCUGGAAGAUGUAGUUAUCCUCAACGUUGACACUAACACACUGGAAACUCCUUUUGAUGAUCUUCAGAGCCUUCCAAAUGAUGUGGUGUCUGCACUGAAAAGCAGGUUGAAGAAAGUCUCCAUGACUACAGGAGAUGGAGUGGCACGAGCAUUCCUGAAGGCCCAAGCUGCUUUCUUUGGGAGCUACAGAAGCGCACUGAAGAUUGAGCCUGGGGAACCCAUCACGUUCUGUGAAGAAACGUUUGUCUCCCACCGGUCGGCCGCCAUGCGUCCGUUCCUGCAGAAUGCCAUCCAGCUGCAGCUUUUCAAGCAGUUCAUUGACGGCCGCCUCGAUCUUCUCAACUCCGGUGAAGGCUUCAGCGAUGUCUUUGAGGAAGAGAUCAACAUGGGCGAAUAUGCAGGUAGUGACAAGCUGUAUCACCAGUGGCUGUCAACGGUUAGGAAAGGAAGUGGUGCUAUCUUGAAUACAGUCAAGACCAAGGCAAACCCUGCCAUGAAGACAGUCUACAAGUUUGCAAAAGAUCAUGCAAAAAUGGGGAUAAAGGAGGUGAAAAACCGCUUGAAGCAAAAGGACAUUGCUGAGAAUGGCUGCUCCACAGUGCCAGAAGACUCACUACCACGGACAGCUCCUUCCCCACUGGCUGAAAAGAGAGAUCCUAAACUUCGAGAGGACAGGCGGCCAAUCACUGUGCAUUUUGGACAGCCAAGCGCCCGACCGGCCAGACCGCCACCUCCCAAGAUCUACCGCUCCUCCAGGCCCGUCCGUCCCCCCAGGCCCCACAUUGCCAGGAGGCCCAAGAGCAACGUUGCCAUUGACGGCCGUAGGGCUUCUGUCUCCAGUCCAGAGCACCUGGUAAAGCCUACCCGCCACUAUACGGUCUUUCUCUCGGAGGACUCUUCCGGCGAUGAGUUUCCGCAGGAAGAUGACCCCGGCUCUGCCUUCUCUGACAGCUUCCUCUUCUCUGCUCCCUUUGAAUGGCCUCAGCCUUACCGUGCCCUGAAGGAGUCCGACAGUGCAGAUGGAGAGGAAGGCAUCCACCCAGGGAGGCCUCGGGAUGGUGGACAUGUUGACCUCUCCAUGCCAGACAGCCCUGCAGAAAUCAGCCUUCUGGAGGGCAUUUUCACAGGCCUGGAGAUACAGCCGCAGCCUCAACUGCUCAGCCAAGCCAAGAGCUUGGAAGACUUGAGGAUUUCCAAGGAUGAAGAGGACCCGCAGGGUACCUUUGACUACCAGCGGAUGGACCCUGGUUUUUCUGAAAAGAGCUGGGUUGCCCCAGGGACGAAGUUUCCUCACCCCUACAAGCAGCUAUGGGGCCUGGGCCAUGACGACAUGGCUAUUCCCACCAAAUAUUCCCAGAGCUCCCCGGAGAGGCCCUUGACUCCUCUUGAGAACAUGCCCGCAGUCCCCUGGAGGCCCCGGAGCAGAGACAGCAUCCUGGAUCUCCCUGAGAAGGAGGUUGGGAGCUCCCUUGUCACUCAAGGGAGCAUUACCAUCCCGCGACCGCAGGGCAGGAAGACGCCAGAGCUGGGCAUUGUUCCCCCACCGCCUGCACCCAGACUUGCCAAGCAACAGGCGCCACCUGAACCCGCCGCCUGCCUUGCAGGACAUAGCGACCUGGCCUCAGAGCUCCUGCAGGAUGCUUUUGCAGGCAGAAACAUCUCUCUGGACCCAGAAUUCGGGAAGCCUCCUGGUUUUGCCGCUCACCAGCACCAGCUCUUGUCCAGCACAGGCAACGCAUCUGAACUGCUCCAGCCAGUCAAAGUCAGCCUGGAGGGGGCAAGCAGUGACAGCGACUUCCUCCUUGCCCUCCUAGACCCUUUGAAAGCAGGGAGCUCUCGAGAGGCUGGCUUUCAGUCGAGCACCAGCAGCUUGCUACGGUCUGCAUCUCCCAGCUCCGCAGCUGGCUUCCCCUCAACGGCACGUGACCUCAUGCCACCCAUGUCGGCACCGUUUGGUCGGCCCCUGGGCUAUCCUCCCUCCGUGGCACCGUUUGUGCAGGCCUCUCUGAACCCCUUUGUGCCGGCAGCGCCAGCACCCCUGCCACUGUCCCUGGCCAGGCCUCCUGGCGGCCCUUUCCCUCCUUCCCUAGGCCACGCUUACAGCUCCAGCAUCAUCGCCUCUAAUUCCAGCCUCUACCAGCCCCAGAGGCCUCCCCCAAACCCCCUGACCCUCUCUAUGCCCAACCUCUUUGCCCAGGCUCCAGCGACCCCACGGCAAAGCCAGCUCCCUUCCCAGAGCAAUGCCCCACAGCCGGCACCGCUUUGUGGCCCUUCUAAAAUCCGGACAUUGCCCCUGGCUCAUUCUGCCUCGAAGGCAGAGGCCAAGGCGAGGCGGGCUGCAAGACCCAUGGACCUCCCACUGGUUCCCCCCAAGGCCAAAGUUGUAGAGUCAGCGUUACACCCUUCCAAACCUCAGGCAACUAAAGACCCCUUUGAAGACUUGUUAAAUAAGACCAAGCAAGAGGUUUCCACCAUGCCAGGUAAGGUAGAACAGCUGAGGAAGCAGUGGGAAACAUUUGAGUGACUCUCCUGGUGGGCGGUGGUCUCCAUUCCUUUCUAGGUUGUGUGUUGAGCCAGGGCAUAACACAAAGAGAAAGGUGAGCCGGCCUGAGCGCCUGUGUUGCGGGCAGGAUGUCCUGAGCAAACACUGUUACAAGACCGGGGUGGGGGUUGAUAUUCCCAUGGAACCGUCACUGGCUCCCUUCCUAUAGUUGCCCAUCAGCUUUUGGCCUUCCAAUUAGCCAGAAAGACCAUUUGCGGGAAUGUGAGGCAUCUUCCUACUCUUCCAAAUUGACUCAAGUAACUACUGAACUGGAGAGUCCUCAGUUUGUUCUCCCAGGCCUUUGCAUUCCUGCAACCCAGACCUACUCUUUCCCCCCCGCACACCCCCUAAUCAUGAGGAUUCACUUCCUUCCCAACCCGAUCAAUAUUGAACUUGGAGUUUCUCUUGUGUUUUCACAGACCACAAGUCACAUUUUGCUUUCACAUGUAAGCGCACAAUGCACAGGCCCUGCACUUGGGCUGACUGAGCCACUGGGCUUUUGUACCAAGUCUUUUUCUUAAUAGCUUCUUUCUCAUUCCAGGUGCAUUUUUCAUUUAGUGAAUGUGUGGCUCUUUGAACUCCUUGUCCAGUCCCGCCCUCCAAACUUUGCACACAACAGAGGGCCACACCUCGCAAAGGACCCCUGUUCACAUCCCAGGUUCAGUAUUCAUUGCAGAGGGCACCACACUGCUUGAUGGGGAGAGGGCCAGUCACCAGCAGUGGACCUUUUUUAGAGCAAGACACAUGAUGUCCCUAUCAUGGGUCCCCAAACUCUUAUAUAACUGUGUGUGAAUAUUAUUAUAUAUAAUAUAUACAUAUAUACUAAAAAGUGUUACUAGGUGGCAGUACUGCGAGUAGAUGUAAUAGUACUUUAUUUUAUUACCACAGAGGCAGACCCAAGGUAUAAAGGGUUCUUGUAUGUGGUGAAGUGGCAUCAUCGUGCCCCAAGGACAGAACUGUAAACCGCAGGGUGACAAGUGCGGGUUCUUCAGAGCAUGUUUUAGAUCUGGAUGUGAACUGUUCUUAAGUAAAAGGGCAUCCUUCCCCAACCUGGAGCACACCAUGCCCCAGCCAGCACAGCCAUGUAAUGCUGGGGCUGAUGGAAGUCAUAGUCCAAAACAUCUGGAGUGCACCCAGUUGGGGAAGCUGUGUAAGAGACUGAAGAAGCUAGUCUGAAUCCUGCCUCCCCGGCCAGACUCCGUUUGGGACAAAGAAUGCACCGCUGAAGUCAGUUGGAUCAUCACAAGAAAGCCACAAACAAUUAUGUGGCCUCCCUGGAGAUGUUGACAGUUAGUAUAGCAAUCUGAUUCAUUUGGUCACUUAAGUUUUGGAGUUUUAAAAAUGUUUGGCUAAAUUUAAUUAAAAAUCUUUUGGGGGCAGUAAUUGGCCUUACCAUCAAUCCGUAGGCGCAAGAAACCACCCUGCACACUCGUGAGAGGCUAGUCCUUGCCACCUCAUUUUCUUUCCAGUGUGUUCUUGUUUCUUGCAGUUUUCUUCCUGCUGCUGAAGUGUUAUUUUGGCUUCUGUCUCCACGCUUGAGCUUGUACCACUGCGAGAACUUCUUUGAUUCCUUCAGACGCUGACUGUCAGGGGACAUCUCUUGGCACCGUGUCACCACACUUCUGUCAAGUACUGUUGCUUUUACAAGGCAUUCUCUUUGUACUCUCUCUUUUUUUUUGCUGGGGGAAAAAAGAUGUUUUUGAUAUUGCCUAGUUCUGAAUAGUAAAAUAUUUAAAGUCCACCAAA